UUUCUGGUUCCAGCCCUGAAGUUGUACAGUGUCGGUUAUUAGUCGACCUCCGCUCCCCACUGGGAUUGAGGAUCGCGGCCGGGUCUCCAGGAUCUAGUACCCCACCCCGACGCUGGGCCAUGGACCGGGAGACGCGUGCCUUCGCCGAGCGGCACUUCCGGAGCCUCCCGGGCAGAGUCCUUGGCGGCGGCGGCGGCGGCGAGCCGGCGCGGAGCCGCGUGGCCUUCAUCCAGGCGCCUGCCUCCUUCUCCUACGCCGAUUUCGUGAAGGGCUUCCUGCUGCCCAACCUGCCCUGCGUUUUCUCCAGUGCCUUCACCGAAGGCUGGGGCAGCCGGCGGCGAUGGGUGACGCCCGAGGGAAAGCCAGACUUCGAAUACCUGCUAGAUAAGUACGGAGAUGUGAUUGUACCUGUUGCCAACUGUGGGGUCCAGGAAUACAACUCAAAUCCCAAGGAGUGCAUGUCUUUCCGUGAAUACAUCAGCUACUGGAAGGAGUACAUCCAGCAGGGCUACAGUUCCCCUCGGGGCUGCCUCUACCUCAAGGACUGGCACCUAUGCAGGGAGUCUACAGUGGAGGAUUUGGAGGAUGUGUUCACCCUGCCAGUGUACUUCUCAUCUGACUGGCUGAAUGAGUUCUGGGACGCUCUGGAUGUAGAUGACUACCGAUUCGUCUAUGCAGGGCCCAAGGGCAGCUGGUCGCCCUUCCAUGCGGACAUUUUCCGCUCCUACAGCUGGUCAGUCAACAUCUGUGGGAGGAAGAAGUGGUUGUUAUUCCCACCUGGGCAGGAGGAGCCCCUGCGUGACCUCCAUGGCAGUCUGCCCUACGAUGUGACCGCCCCCUCACUCCUGGAUGCCCACCUGUACCCCAGGCUUCAGCACAGCAGCCCACCCCUGGAGGUCAUGCAGGAGGCUGGAGAGAUGGUCUUUGUACCCAGUGGGUGGCAUCACCAAGUGUACAACCUGGACGACACUAUCUCCAUCAACCACAACUGGGUCAAUGGAUGCAACCUGUUCAACAUGUGGCACUUCCUGCAGCAGGAGCUCCAGGCUGUGCAAAGGGAGAUAAGCGAGUGGAAGGACUCCAUGCCCAACUGGCACCACCACUGCCAGGUCAUUAUGAAAUCCUGCUCUGGGAUCAAUUUCGAAGAAUUUUACCACUUUCUGAAGAUCAUUGCUGAGAAGAGGCUCCUUGCCCUAGGGCAGGGGCCAGAGGAGGUUUUCAGGACCUGCACAGGCCUAGGGCUGGGCUACCAGCAGGCUGCAUUUGAUGUUAGCCGCCUUGUGGAGGUACUGACAUCUGUGAUCACACACCCAGACUUCCAGAGAGUAGACACCAGCACAUUCUCACCACAGCCAGAGGAGCUGCUUGGGCAACUGAAAGAUGCUAUGGCUGCUGCUGAGGCCCUUUAGGGCCUAUGGGAGGUUACAGCACUGGGAGGCACCAAUGAAAAGCAGUCUUCUGCCUCUUGAGUCCUUCAAGAAGUACAGGCUUUCCCCCCUGCUCUCUUUUGUGGCUUAGGAUAUGCCUCUGGUAAGCAAUCAUCACCACUCCUCCUGGGUGAUCUGACAGUCCUGGCCCUAGAUCUCAGAGGAGGUUUAGGUAGCAUGGGAUCUGAACCCAUUGAGAUUUUUGGAGAUGUAGGGAAGUGUCUGUUUAUCUGGCCUGCUACAAGCCUGACAAAGACUUUAUGUGGUGUUUGCCUCAGGGCCUCCAGGCUCUGCUUGGGUCAGGAGGAAUUGAGCAGUGUAUGACAGAUAGAAGCUGGCUUUAUAAGAUGGAUCUUGUUUACCUGCAUGUGGAGGCACUAGGAGGGCUAGAUGGCUGAUCAGGGCCCCAGGAUGAAGCAGAGGGUACAGAAGAAAACCUUCCCCUGAGCAACCUGGGCUCCUAUCCCCUGCCCAGCUACCUUGGUAGGAGCAGAGACAAACACAACAAAGGCUGGGGGAACACCCCAUUGUUGACCACCUCUCCCCAUCCAGAAGGUUGUCCAGCCCUGGAAAGGGAAAGCCUGCUCUACUGGCUAUAUCUGUGUUUGGCAGGUACUCGGAAUCUGUGGUGACAAGUAAGCCAUUCCGUAAGCAGACUACAAGCUCCUAUCGCACCUUACAUCUUGUACCCAUGUGAGAACUAGCUCACAAUCCUGAUUUGGGCCACUGGGUUGGGGUAUAGGUGGGCACAUAGGGUGAGUGGUAUGGAUUCUUAUAGGGCUGCUCUGAUUCCCAGCCCUCUCUCUAGGCACCUUUGACCUCAUCCACAAUCCUGCCAGGCCCAUUGAGUUUUAGAUGGGACUGGAGUCUGUCCAACCUCUCCCUUAUGCCCCAAAGUUCCCUCAGCUUUUCAGAUGGUCUCAUCAGAAUAGGGAAAGGUAAUGUCUGCUUGCCAGGAGGCAUAUCUCACAUCCUGGAUGCAACCUACUAUGAUGUCCAGUGGAACUGGCUGACCCCCAGCUAGAAUGGAAGCCCAAGAAUGCAGGGACUUGAUGUGUCUGAUAAAUUAUGCUAAGUGUUUAUAAAGGGGGAUAUAUAUAAGUGCCUCAGAUGUGUCAAAUGAACUCCAACAAUACCUUCCAGGCUACCUGAGAGCUUGAGCCCCCUGCCAGCGAGACUCCAAGAACAGGUCUUGAGGCUGGAAUUGUAGACCUUUUAGCAAUUAGAAAAGCCCUGCCCUAACCUACAGCCCUAUUGGGCCAGAGCUUCUUGGGGAAAGGGAACUGGAAAUGGUCACAGCCCCUCCAGAGGCACUACUACAAGGCCUGGUAUUGAGAAAGCAUCUUUUCAUCCCUAUGGUAAUCUCCUGGGUGUGGGCUUCCUGCGGAGACACACUGCUGUUUCCAAGAUAUAGCCAGUUGUUUCCUGUAAGAUGGUGCUCACUCUGAGCUGCAGGUACCACACAGAUCAGGAGUGGCCAGGCUCUGCAGGUACACAAGAAAGUGGGCAUCGGGAUCUAUCUUCCUGUAUUAGAAAUAAAAUUGAGGGUGAGAAAAAAUUAAAAUGGCAAUGCCUACAUAUUAUUUGCUUGGGCCUGUUCCAAGACAUUGUCUCAGUGAGCCCUCAGAAAUAAAGGCUACUCGGGUCAGAAUGCAAAAUUGUCCCAUAUAGGCCUGCCUUUGAGAACCUGACUUGAGGAGGGAUGUCCAGGAUCCUGGUUCCCUCCACAUUUGGAGACAGUUCACAUACAUGGUCCAGAUACUUAGUGGGGAGGACAACACCACUUACCUGACCCAAAUGGUUAAAAAUUUAAAA